AUGACGAGGAAAGGCCGAGAAGCGCCUGCGGCUCCUUGGGGAGCCGGAGCUCCGGGGGUGGAGCGACGAGUCCCCAGCAGGGGUGUGUUGGGGGGAGUCCUCUUUCCGACCAUCAAAAUGGUUAUCAAAGUUUUUGUUGCCACAUCAUCUGGGUCCAUAGCGAUUAGGAAGAAACAACAAGAAGUAGUAGGUUUUUUGGAAGCUAAUAAAAUCGACUUUAAGGAAUUAGACAUUGCUGGAGAUGAAGAUAAUAGGAAGUGGAUGAGAGAGAAUGUGCCUGGAGAGAAAAAACCUCAAAACGGGAUUCCUUUGCCACCACAGAUCUUCAAUGAAGAGCAAUAUUGUGGAGAUUUUGACUCUUUUUUCUCUGCCAAAGAGGAGAAUAUUAUAUAUUCGUUCCUUGGCUUGGCGCCCCCUCCAGGCUCAAAGGUGACAAAAUCUCCUGAGGAUGCCUCUUCCCUUCCCAAUGGUGAAGUAACUGGAGAGGCACAGAGCACCACAGAGCAAACAGAGAAGGCUGAAGAGGGUGAAGAGAAUGAGGUUCCAAAGGAGGAGGGUGUAGAUGGGGACAACCUCCCUGAAUCCCAGGAUAAAAAUAAAGUUGGGGACUCACGUCCACCAGGGGCAUAUCGGAAGGAAAGGUGUGGUGAUUACCUUCUGAAAGAUCAGCAUUGGAAUCCCUAUGGAACCUGUUCUAUUCGGACACACGUGGAGUCUCCAUGA